AUGCGGCCCACUCACAAGAUGCUAACUACCCCCACGGCCCAGCGCCCGCAUCCGCCGCGUAUAACCCCAUUCCGUUACAACGCGUGUCGCGAUCCAACGGUUCUCCAGCGCGCUGUCCGCGCGAUAAAGCGCCGGCGCCUCCUCUCGCGUGGGCGCGUGGCCUCCCGAAGGUUCCAGACUCGAUUGGACGGAUCGGAGCAGCACUCCUCCACGGCUCCACCUCCAGCCCUGACUGAUCCGUCGUCUCUUGAGAUCAAUAUGAGAAGGGGCUACAGUUACAGUCCUUCACCACCAAGGGGCUACAGGAGAAGGGCUCGCAGCCCAAGUCCCCGUGAUCAUUAUGGUGGCCGUGGUAGGGAUCUCCCAACCAGUCUUCUGGUCAGGAAUCUCCGUCGGGACUGCAGGCCAGAAGACCUCCGUCGCCCAUUUGGACAGUUUGGUCGACUUAAAGAUAUAUAUCUUCCAAGAGAUUAUUACACUGGGGAGCCCCGAGGGUUUGGGUUUGUCCAGUAUUAUGAUCCUGAUGAUGCUGCCGAUGCAAAGUAUUGUAUGGAUGGGCAGGUAGUUUUUGGUAGGCAAAUAACAGUUGUUUUUGCAGAAGAGAACAGAAAGAAGCCUCAAGAGAUGAGAGCUAGGGAUGGAGUCAGGGGUCAUUCUUAUGAUAGGAGGUAUUCUCGCUCUAGGUCCCCUCGUUAUUAUAGGGGCCGCUCUCCUUCACGCAGCCGAAGCUACUCGAGGUCUCCGUCACCUCAGGAUCCAAAACACAGACUUAGAGAGAGGUCGUACUCCGGCUCACCUGUGGACAGCAGAUCAAGAAGUGGGAGCCCGUAUGAGGAUGGAUAUCGCAGAUCGCCACGAAGAGAGAGGUCUCUUUCUGUCAGCGGAUGA